AUGGGUUCUUCUUGCUCAAAGACCUCAGCUGGCAGUGCGUAUGAGGGCGGCCAUACCGUUCUAGGAUCAGGUCCCGUCAGCAGAAAUCAAGCUACCGCUAGAGACACAAACCGCGAAGCUCCUAAACCUUCUGAUCCUCGUGCCGCUGCGGCGGAAGCAGCAGAGCGUCGAUUACAGGCGGCGCAAAAUAGGGGCACAAAUAAGUCCAACCCGAAUCAGGGAAAACUUUCAGAGCAGUUGGCAAAACAAAAUAGCUCUAAACCGGGACCACCACAACAAGAAGUUGAAAGACUAGUCUGGGACUGA